UUUGUUGGUCGGUGAACUAAGGAGAGUUUGUGUAGCUGAGGAGGCUGCGUGCCCCGGCUUACGCGAGGGACAGGGUGGGCUAACCCCCAUCCAGCCCCGCCGGCAUGGGGGGCAGCGAGAGCAGCCACGGGAACAGGAAGGUCUCGUUCGGGCUGGAUGAGCAGGAGCGAGUGCGGGUGCUGCAGGGCAUCAGGCUCUCUGAAGAUGUAGUGAACCGAAUGAAGGAAACUUCUCAACUUAAAGGGGACCAGAGACCAUCUUCCUUUCCUUCUCCCUCAUCCUGUGGCACUGCACCAUCACCACAAGCUGCAGAAGGGAAGCCCAAGUUUACUACAGGAAUCCAUCCACCAACUGCCAGUAGCUCUGGUCGGAAGCCUUCUGAGGCGGAGGAGGACCUGUACAAGAGGUAUGAGCGAGAGCAGGCACUGGUCCAAGAGGAACUGCUCCGGCUGGCCAAGAGGGAACGGGAGGCAGCCAGCGAGUGUCUCAAUACGACCCUCCAACGGGAAAAGAACAGCACCAAUGAAGAGAGGCAGAAAGCAGUUCAGCUGCCUGCGGAUUUGGAUGCCUGGGCACGGGAGCUCCAGUGCAAGGAGGCGGAGUUGAAACGGCGAGACACCUUCUGUAAGGAGCAGUUGGCCCGUAUUGAGAGGAAGAAUGCUGAAAUCUACAAGCUGACAUCAGAGCAAUUCCAUGAGGCAGCCACUGGUGCAGAGAACCACAUAAAACAAAGACCUGAUUUAGCUUACUCAGUGGGAGGGGGAGAGGAGGAUCUGAAAUCCUGGAUUUCAUGUGUACACAGCCUUCCUUCCUAUUGGACAGCAGAGAAGCAAAGACGGAGGAACACUGAGCCUCUAUGCGCAGGGCUGCAGUCUGAGAUUCUGAAGUGCUACCAGGAAAACAAGCAUGAAGUGCUCAAGUGCUCGGAGCUGGCCAAGGAGUACCAGCGCUGUGUUAGUGCAGCACAGAAGGAACUGUUGGUUAAUUACGGAUAAACCCCGACAGCCACCAAAGAGCAGAUCACAGGGACCACAGAGGCCCUUGGAAGCCCAGCAUCCUUCUGGAUUUAUGCUGACCAAAAUCGGUGCCUUCUGUCUGUAGCAGUCCAAGAAAACGACAUGAUUCCUCUUCUGAACGCCUGCAUGUAUCUGUCUCACUGAUUGUUUUUGGAGUUGGGGUGGGGGGAGGGCUUGAGGGGCAGCACUGUUCUGCCAAAUGUGCUUCACCCUUUAUAUUCGUUCAUUGUGAAAAGAAGCCUGUCAAUCAUAAGUGUCCACAGCACCGCACAUAGCUUAGAGGCCCAUGUGACCCAAGGCCCAGUUAACUCCGUACUAGUUUUGGUUUCACUUAUGCAAUCUGUGUUUCCAGCGCUGUUGCCUUUGUCCUUGUGCUCCAGAGAAAGGCAUCUGAAGUAUUGGGGGAAGCAACCCUGACCUGCUUGUUAGGAUUAACUGUUCCUAGCAUGCUCUUGUUGUUAACACCAGCAGACACAUUCCUUCCCUUCCAAGGCUCCCUCCUAAGAACAAUAAACUGUCUAAUGGUCACUGUGUCCGUGA